AUGGAGGAACAUUUGCGCCAGAGUUUGUCCAACCACCCCCACCCCUUUCAGACCUUGCACCACAGCUCGAGUCGGUCUGAGAGGAUGACACCCGCCAUCAACGAGGGGACCACCACUGCCCUCGACCACGAACUCACCACCAUGCACCAGCACCGCAGUGGUAGCUCGAGCGACGAGGAAGGUGCCCCUCCACCCCGUUACACAGCCCAGAACGACCCAUUCCGCCUCGCCUCAAAAUUGAAGACCGAGGAUGAGAUCCGUCAGAUGAAAGCGAACAUCUCCCGGAAACGUGAUUCCACCACCGGCGCCAACAAAAGUCGCAAAGUCGCGGCCAUCGUCCACGACACUACUCGCCUCGGCAAGCAAGCUUUCAUCACAAAGAAGCUUCAGGGAUUCUACGAGUCUCAAAAUGAAAAUAUCGAGCGCAUGCUCAAGCCCGUCGAGGAGCACCGUCGUGCCGCUCGCGAGCUGAACAUCGAUAACCGCCUGAAAUACCGCAUCGCCGUGUACGGAUCGUUCGCUGCCAACAUCAUUCUCUCCGUCAUUCAAGUCUAUGGCGCCGUGUCAUCCGGAUCCCUCUCUCUCUUCACCACAAUGGCUGACGCCAUCUUCGACCCCAUGUCCAACCUUACUCUCCUGCUCUGCAACAAAGCCGUCAACCGUGUCGACCCCCGCAAGUUCCCAGCAGGCAAAGCUCGCAUCGAAACCGCCGGCAACAUUUGUUUCUGUUUCCUCAUGACUGCCGUCUCUUUCAUCUUGAUUGCUUUCUCGAUUCGUGAGCUGGCAGUCGGCUCCGAGGAUGAGACCCAGAACUUCCAUCUUCCCUCCGUCAUCGCCGUUUCGGUCGCCUUCGCCACCAAGCUCGCCCUGUUCCUUUACUGCUGGGCUCUCCGCAACCAGGUCUCGCAGAUCCGCAUUCUGUGGGAGGACCACCGCAACGACCUCUUCAUCAACGGAUUUGGUAUUCUUACCUCUGUCGGUGGCAGUAAGUUGCGCUGGUGGAUCGACCCCAUGGGGGCCAUCAUUCUCUCCGUGCUCGUCAGUGUACUCUGGCUUCACUCCGCCUAUGGCGAGUUCCAGCUGCUGGUCGGUGUCACGGCUGAUACCAACAUGCAACAACUCAUCACAUACAUCUCGAUGACCCACUCACCGGUCAUCACGGCCAUUGACACCGUUCGUGCUUACACCUCUGGCCCUCGGUUGCUGGUCGAGGUUGAUGUUGUCAUGGACCCUAAUGCGUCUUUGCGUGCUACCCACGAUGUCGCAGAAGAGCUGCAAAUAAAGCUAGAGUCUCUUCCUGAUGUCGAGCGUGCUUAUGUCCACGUCGACUACGAGACUACCCAUAAGCCCGAGCACUCCUUGAAGAAGGAACUGUAA